UUCUCCUCUUCUCCCACAGUUUACUUUGUUUUCAUUACAACUUUAUAACAAGCUGAAUUUAAACUCACACGCUAACAUGAAGCUGACGGACCUGAAGAAGCUGAAAGUGGCGGAGCUGCGCUGCAGACUGAAGGAGCUCGGGCUGGACAGUAAAGGGCUGAAAGCUGAGCUGCUGGGCAGGCUGUGGUCCGCGAUAGAGGCGGGACAGACGGGGACAGACGGGGACAGCGAGGAGGUGAAACUACAAGAUAACAGCUCACCGACACCUUCAGCACCGGAGGAGACCGAGGAGGUCCGUGCUCCGUCCUCAUCACCCCCGACUGGUGCUGACCGAGAGGACAUAGACUCCUCCGCACAGACCGACACCUCUCUGACAAGACUACAGCAUGUCUCUGAGUCUGUGUCAAGACCUCAGCAUGUCUCUGAGUCUGUGUCAAGACCUCAGCAUGUCUCUGAGUCUGUGUCAACACCUCAGCGUGUCUCUGGGACUGUUUCAGAGACUGUCCCGGUGCAGCAGGCGGAGCAGGGAGAGGUCGAGAUGCAGCAGGGAGGCGCAGAGGACAGGAGAGCUGUGUCUUCAGAGGACAGGAGAGCUGUGUCCUCAGAGGACAGGAGAGCUGUGUCCUCAGAGGACAUGGGUAGAGGGAGAGCUUUCUACGAGUUCAAAGAGGAGAUACGAUACAAGAGAGCAAAAUCGCCACAACCUGCAGUGGACAGAGAGGAGACGGAGGAGGAAGACGAGGAAAAAGUCAGACUCAAUCCAGAUGACCGUCACCUCCACUUUGAGGUGGGAUCGGAUGGUGCGUGUGGCCAGCCGCGGUUCUGGGCUCGGUUCCCCUCGCUGUGGUCAGGCUGCAGGCUCACCCACGGGGUGCUGCAGGGCAGGGUGGGCUUCGAGGUGAGGCUGGAGAGGAAGCUGUUAACCACACAGCCGGAGGGACGAGAAGACGAUUACGGCCUGAGAGUCGGCUGGUCGAUGGCCAACACCUCUCUGCUGCUGGGUGAAGAUAAGUUGUCUUUUGCUUAUGAUGGACGCGGUAAAAAAGUCUCAGGUGGGAAGGAGGAAGAGUUUGGAGAAGCCUUUUCAGAGGGAGAUAUCAUCGGCUGUUAUGCUUCUUUCUCCACAGACGGUGCUGCUCAGCUCUCUUUCUGUAAGAACGGUCGUUUCAUGGGCGAGGCCUUUUCCCUGGACUCCUCUGGUCGGGCUUUGUUCCCUCACGUCCUCUGUAAGAGCUGCUCAGUCAGACUCCUCCUGGACCCCACAGCUCCUCCCUGGUACCGCGGCCCUGCAGGGUUCACACAGCUGGCAGCUCUGACUGCUGUGCAGAGGGUUCGCACCACAUUGGCUCCAACCUUCAGAGCACAGUGCGAGGUGUUGCUGAUGGUCGGUCUUCCCGGUUCUGGGAAGAGUUACUGGGCGAGGACUCACAUGAAGCAGCACGCUGAGAAACAGUACAGGCUGCUGAGCACAGAGGAGCUGCUCGCAUGUAUGAUUAGUGGUGCUCAGAGGGACAGCAGGCUGCAGCAGGCCUCUCAGUGUCUGACUGAAUUGAUUAAGAUCGCUGCUCAGACUCCUGGCAACUACAUCCUCGACCAGAGCAACAUCCUUUUCUCUGCACGGCGUUUCAAGCUGCGGCUGUUCACAGGCUUCAGGCGCAGGGUGGUUGUGGUCUUUCCGUCAGCGGACGAGUGGAAAAGACGGCUGUCCCAGCACCAGACGAGCGAGGUGGAGCAGAUCCCUGAGACCGCUCUGCUCAAACUCCAAGUGAGCUGCAGUCUUCCAGAUGAGCAGAGCGACCUGCUGGAGGAGCUGCAGUAUGUCGAGCUGCCUCAGGAGCAGGCGCAGACGCUCCUGCAGGAGUUGAAAGACGAGGCUCGCAGACUGCUGCCCCCCGUCACCAAACAAGAGAGGAAGAAACCCCGACUUUACAAGAAGAGACCUCACCCUCACGGCCCUCCACCCUCCCACAGGAUCCAGUGGAACGGACCGAACGGUUGGAGCGACAUGCAGCCAUGGAGGCAGCAGCCAAGAUAUUGGAGUGUGCCUUAUCAGGACCAGGGCUACUACUACAGAGACGCUGGUUACAGCGAGUAUCAAGGUUACUGUUGAAGACACACAGAGAGAAGAAACCGACGCCGCUGCACUGUCUGCGUUUACAAAGAUAAUCAUUCUACUGGUGUCCUUCAAAAAGAGCACUAACUACAUCAGCUAGUGAUAUUUGACUAUGCACAGAAUUACAGACCACAGUAUGCGUUGCACUAACUGCUUUGACAAAGCAAAGAAAUUCAGUUAAAUUUUAUUUAUAAAGCCCAUAACCACAGUUUGCCUCAGAGGGCUUUACAGCAGACCCUCUGUCCUUAGAC